AUGAUUUCCAUGCAGCGUUCCCUUUCCUCGCCAGUUCGCAUAGUGUCUGCUUCUGCCUCCCAAGAUGACGCGAACCAGCCCCGACCACCGACCCCUCCCUCCGAGACUUACAACACCUCCUUCCGCUCCCGCCGUCAAAGGUCCCCGAGUCCCACCACCCGAAGCGCAGAGGCCGCCGUAAACAUGCCCGUACGCCGUAGCGAAGACGUGCCCAGGAGACCCGCCUCCAGGUCGCACCAAAAGCCCGUGAUUGCCCAAGCGUCUACGCUUUCGCCCGUCAAGGUCACCAUGGACCCUUCGUCCGAAGUUCCGUCCGCAUCCGCUGCUGGCAAGACAUCCUCGCCCGCCCUCUCCCAGGCCCUUCUCCCCGACCCGUCCUUGUAUGCGAAUCCUCACCUGGCUCCCGAGCCCGACACCACGACCCUUGAGGAGCUCGCCCAUUUGGUUAGGCUGUCCAAAUACCAGGAGCGCAAGCGCGCAAACACGAGGAUACGUUUGCAGAGAAACCUCAUCUCUACGGCCCUGUCUGCCCGCCUGAACCGUUGCGGUGAGAUUGCCAGAAAGAACUUGGUAGACUGUUUUCGAUCCGAUGACAAAAAGACCUUUGCCUCGCUCUUCAACGCCAUUCACGAUGUGCGCAAGAGCUGCGACGAGCUGCGACGCUAUGCCCUUUUGGAACCAGAGAUGGACUCUCUCCAGUCUCCUGCUUUGGCGUCGUCAGAAAGCGUGGACACGCCACCCAAUUCAACAUCGGGAUCUAGUUCUCUUGGAUCCAUGACCCCUUUCCUCUCCGAAUUGCCAGCCUCCGUCAGAGAAAUCUUCCUGAACUUCCUGACUCAGAUCAGGACCAACCCAGACUACUUGGCCGCGAGGUUGUGUUCCCUAACCCCUACAGAACUGAAUGCCUUUACCUCGUUCCACCAGGGAUCGGAACCUGUAGAAUCCGUUCUGCCCUAUCACGGCAGCCGCUCUUCAACCCGAAGUCACUCUGGUCCCAGUAGCCGAGGACCUGCCAGUUCACCUAAUCCCAUCGAACGCUUAUUGUCUUUCCAGAGGCAUGAUCCUCUCUCAGCCUUGGUCCAUACCUGCUUUGCCAACUCCGCCGGCCCCGACAGCGCCGAAGAUAGACGCCGAACCGAGAUAUGGGGAACGGCUCUAGCAAGACUCAUCACCGAGUCCAAGGCCAGCAGCGAGCCCAUGCUGAUUUCCGUACUCAACGUUUGGACUGCCAUGCGCGAUUGGUCCGGCAAAUCCAACAUGGAAUGGUAUCUCAUGAAGAUCCUCGAGGAUGGUGCCUUUCUUCUGGACAAAGCCGAGGACCAACACGGCACCAGGUUCAACCUCGCCGACUGGACCGCCAAGGAUAGUAUUGCUGCCGAGGAGUUCUACGACAGGGCCGUCAAUGAGCUCUUCGAGAUCAUCGAUGACGAGGAUGCAACUGGUAUCCCCGAAGGCCUCAUCGAGCUGGGUAACGCCAUUUUGAAGAAGCUGGACAGCAAGCUCGUUGACGGCACGCGCAACUGGUUUGUAUACAAAUGGCUCUUCUCUGUCUUCCUUCUCGGCGUCGUCAUACACCCGGAAAGCCACGGCCUCAUGGGCGAUUACCACAUCACAGAGUAUGGCCGACAGAAGAUCCUCAAGCAAGUCGCCAUGAGGGCGCAACAGCUGGUUGUGGAAAUCACCUGGAACAAGAAGGGAACCGUCUCGACCCCGCCCAAGAUCCAGGGCCACGUGGACAGCAUCUUGAACCGAUUCAAACGGUCCCGGUCUCAAAGACCCCCGGCCAAGUUGCUGCCCGCCCGUUCGAUUACCUCCCUCCGGGAGACCGUCGAGGUCCAUCCGUACCUGGUUGUGAGCCCGGCUGACCUGGUCACGCUUGUCAACGUCUUGUUCCCUGAGCGCCGGCCUAUGUCAGCCCAGUCCAGCGGUUUUAGAUCAGGGGCCCCUUCCAUCUCUGGCUUUUCGGCGGUUUCUCAGCCCAUCUCCAUGGGUGCACCUCGGAGUAACUUCGACACGGCAUCGAUCCUCAGCACGAGUGCCUCAUCGGUUCUCAGCGAUGCUACAACCUCUCGCGAGACGAUUCCGGAAGAGCACAGGACUGGCUCACCUCAGCGGUACUCGCCGCCUGUAUUGGACCCUUUGGCCCAAAGACGCCUGAGCAAUUACGAGGAUGACGGUUAUCGCCUACGCUUUGCUCUCCGCGAACUGAGCGCCCAAGUUGGAAUGGACGUUGUGCAGGGCUCAUGUCACCCUUGCGCUGAACGAUGGGCUGUUUUGUUCAUCUCGGCAGAUGGAAACAGUUUGUCGAGCCAGAUGACCUACGACCCGGACGAAGAAGUCGAAGACGAGGAGAAUUCCUCAACCAGCGACACUGAUGAUGACGAGAUUGACGAAAAGCCGGAGCUAGACAAGGACUACCAUCAACUGAGAGAUUCAAUCCUGAAACUCGUCGAGGAUUUCGAAAUCCCGCCAAGCAUUGAAGCGGAGGGUGGCCGCGCACAAUUCAGCAAUCGGGCCACCGGUAUCAAGAAGUAUCGAUCCAAGAACAAGAUCAUUACUGCUGAGAAGACCACGCCCAGCAGAAAUCCUUACCGUAGACGCGACGCCGAAGCGCAGGCGAGCCCCUCGCGGGAUAACUUCACAGACGUUGACAAUGACAACGCGUCCACAAAAGAGGCGGAAAAAAGGGCGGAAGCUGACGCGGAGCCGCCCUCAGUGCUCAUCGCCAUGCUCACUGCAGCCUCUGCACAAUCUCGAGCCCAAGCUGACUUCGUGUCGGCGCAUCUGUACUGGAAAACGCUGCAGCAGCUCAACGCACUCAGCUCCGAGUCUCUGCGGCGGAACGGUUUUGCAAUACUCUUGAACAUUUUCUCCCGCGGACCGCGGGAUUCGAUCCGUCGCUGCGCGUCCGCCAUCGAAGAAUACGACGCCUGGCUCGUCUGGCUCAAGCAAAGUCAGGAGCGACAUGAAGGACUCAUUGAUGCCAUGAUGAAGCGUUUGCGCGCUCUUCGUGACAAGAUGUGGUACGUCACAGACGUUCGCAAUUCCGCACCCUACGAGCAGAGCCGCAAUAUUUGUGCUGCCCUCAAGACCAUGGGCAUGCCACGGCGGUAUAACUCAUACCAGCGAAACCGCGCCCAUCAUUCGCGAGGACCUGCGUCGAGCUAUCUGUAUCGCACAGAGACGCAGAUCAUGGACCUCCUCGCUGCUUCCGAAGAACAGGGUGGACCCAACAAGUUGAGCGAUGACCAGGCAGACAAAACUUCGCGCUGGCUUCAACAGGCAGGGGUCGAAAACUUUUGCUGCGGUGAGGAGCGCAUACACAGAUUCUGUUGCGAGGUGGACACCUGCAUAUCAAAGUUGGUCGGCGAAUCGAUCAUGGAUGGCCCCGUCCUGUGGUCGAGUGAGCUGUACCAACGGGACAGGCGGAACCUGGAGACGAGCAGACCCGGCCCUCGGGACAGAGACCACCCGUAUGACGACACGGCGAGCGUUAUGAGUGACCCGGACCGCAGGUUCAUGUCUACCGGUCGGCCUAGCUCUGUUCGGGACCUGCGUGCCAUGUCGGCUCACAACUCAAGCCAGCAGUCAUUUGACUCUGGCAGCUACCGUUUUUCAAGGGCAAGCACAGUCUUAUCCGACAUUAUUGAUGGACAGGACUAUUUCGGCGUCUCGUCGCCCGUUCACACCAUCGACUCCAGUUCUACGUUUUGGUCACCCUUUCAAUCGGCGAUCUCACCGAGCUCGACGACGUCCCGGGCCCACUCUCCAACAACAAGCAUGACCAACCUGUCCAGCGUGUUCCAACAGUCUCACCCCCACUCACUGGGCUCUCACGCAAGCCACUCAGCCGGCAGGCCGGGUACUUCGGCAUCAUCUAAUGAGACGAUCCAUCAACAGCGUCUUUCGGAAGAAAAGGCCCGCUUCCUCAACGAGCUGCGCCAGACGCUGGUUAGCCUACUGCUCUCCGAUUUGGGUACCCUCGUCUUUUCGCGGGGGUCAGAGACGGACGACUGGUUUUCCACUUUGAGCCAAGAGUGUAUCGACAGGCGCGAUGCCCUCGAUAGACGGGCACGGCGAUCGGGUAAAUCUGGCAAACUGCCGCUCAGACCGCGUGUCAUUGAAAAGAAGAAGAGUUUUGGCAAUUUGCGGGGUGCUGGCGAGACAGACAAGAACUCCGAAACCACGGAAACCGGAAGCGCCCCAGGGAACGACAGCCCAGUGACAAGCGACACCGUCUCCGCCCGGUCCAAACCCAACCUGAAGGAGUCCACGCCCGAAUUCCCUUUCAAGAAGGCUUUCCAGCGCCUGCUCCGCAUGUUUAGUGUCCAUCCAAACCCUCACGCCAAACUGAGCGCUCUAUACGAGCUACAACAGCUUAUCAUCGCAUCUUUGGCCAGCAGCUCGCGGAGGUCGAGGCUGGGAUGGAACCGACAAGAUUUCAUGUCGGGUCCAAGUGACGACUCCGCAGGGCACGGUCGCCCGAACCCGCUCGAAGAAGCAAUCGAUAACGUCAGAGGAAGACGUUCGCAUACACUGCUGCAAUCACCUCCAACCGCGCCACCUCCCAUGGGGCCUCACCAGAUGCGCCAGAGCAACACGGAGAAUCGCAACGGUGUCUCGGGCAACUCAUCAACGACUGAUGCUGUCACAAACGCUCUGCGGACACUCUUCCGAGACGCGUCCAUCCGCCCAAAGACGCUCUUCCGAGAUUUGCAGUUCAUCGCCGCUUUUGUCCACCCGUCCAUCCUCGACAACACGGACAAGGGCACCGCGUUCUGGGACGCGGGUCUCGCCGCGCUGGGCCUCAAGCAAGAAGUAUGCCGCACCAUGAUUGAGGUGGCGGACGAGGUGCAGGGGGUGUACACAAGUACUCGCAAGAUGACCAGUGAUGCACCCGCUCAAGAUGCGGAGCGACUGGAAACCGACUCGCCGCCUCCUGUCACAACGGCGUACAGCUUGGCACAGGCAGGAAGGAUGUGGACCAUCACGGCAAAAGAGGGCCUUCCCACAGCCCAGCGAGAGUUGGCAAUCUUCUACCUCUCCAACCCCGAGUUAGUAGAGCGGACCACGUUGCCUCUCUCCAAGCCACGCGAGGUCUUCAAGCAGGCUGUCAUGGACAAAUACGCAGGCGCGUCUGGACGAACUGGCCCCGGCGCCAGGCUCUAUGCCGGGGAUCGAAACCGCGCGUCUGCGGGUGCCUCCGGUCUAGGGGGCUCUGUUGGCUCUCAGCACGCGGGCCAGGACCCGGGCUCCAAAGACGGAGAUGUUCGCAGCGACCCCGCGUUGAUGUGUGUGGCUGUCCAUUUCUUCCAGGCGGCAGAACAAGGAGGCGACGAGCUUGCUACUUCGUUCCUCCGCCAGAAUGAGUUCAAUGCCAUGAGUUAG